GCUUUAACAACAAUGAAUUAUUGGGCUGUGGAAAAACAUUGUCCUCUCAUAAAAAUAAUACGAAGUUAUGAGCAUUCUUUUAGCCAAACAAAUAUAUCAAUACAAAAUAUCGAUACAUUAGAAAUUCCUUGCUUACCGAUAACUUUUACUACUCAGACGGAUUCCAAUUUUAGCAAUUUCUUACAUUUUUCAUUAUGCAAAGGACAUUUAAUUUUAUCAACAUUUAAAGAGGAUGGUUGGAUGAUUUUCAAUAUACAACAAAUUGGAUAUUAUCGCGUGAACUAUGAUGAUGAGAAUUGGCGAAGAAUUUUAUAUUAUCUGAACUCUGAUAAUUACACGAAAAUUCAUGUUCUUAAUCGUGCUCAAAUUGUCGAUGAUGCAUUUCAUUUAAUGAUAGCAGGAGAACUCAAAUUCAUUAUAUUCAUAGAUGUAAUAUCGUAUUUGCAUCGAGAAGAAGAUUAUAUAGCAUGGUAUCCUAUGUUUAAAGCUCUGGAAUACAUAUUUAGCACUUUUUCUGUAGCCAUGAUGCAAGUUAAAAUGUGGACUUUUAAGAAUUACAUAAACCAUGCAUUAAACGAGGUACUUAAAAGAAUCAAAUAUGAAGAAAUUGAUGAUAGUGACGACCUUAGAAAAUGUUUACGACAAGAAGCUGCAAGAUGGGCAUGUUUUUUCGGCGACUUCGAAUGUAAGACAGAAGCCAACAAUAAAUUAGUACAACAUCUACAAAAUUCUAUAAAGCACAAACUUUUGCCAUGGUGGAAGGAAUGGACAUAUUGUAACGGUUUCAUGAUAAUCAACGAAAAAAUCACUUGGCAAUCAGUGUAUGAUGUAGGAUUGAAUAAAUCUGACACUAAAUUUUUAGAAUACUUGGCUUGCUCUGAAGAUACUGAUGUCAUCAAUAAUUAUUUAAACAAUCUAAUAUACUAUUACCAGUACAAUUAUAGGAAGGACUAUCAAUAUCUUUUUAACAGUUUGUUUUAUAUUAAUAUUAUUACGAAGCAUGCGAAGAAUCAAAUUACACUGCAGUACAUAUUAAACAAUUUUCAAAAAAUAAAACCAAGUAGUGAUAUGAUACCUGCAGUAUUUAUUAUUAUUAUUAACAACGUAUAUUUUGUAGAUCAAACUGAGCUAAUAAAGGAAUACGUCGAAACAUGGUACACGACAUUUGCAGGCACGUUUCAUAAAAUGAAUAACACAGAAGAUUUACUGAAAAAAUAUCAAUUAAAGGAUUCCAUAAUAGAGAAUUUGGACAAAAUUAAGAGCAAAGUAUUAAUUCGCAAGAAACAAAUCAAAAGAGAGACACAGUAUUUUGAAAAUUUUUUUCUAAUUGGUGGAU